GCGCAUGUCCCAAGCAUGAUGGUGAAAAAACAUGGCGGAGGAUGAAGAAGAAGACCCGGUCGUGGCGGAGGUGGACGUUUAUUUGGCCCAGACUUUGGCCAACAAGCUCUACUUGUUUCAGUACCCGGUACGUCCUGGUGAUAUACCUUAUGACAAUAUACCUCAUAUUGGAGCAAGAAUUAAGCCAGAGCAGCAGAAGGUUGAACUUGAGUUAUCAAUAAACACAAAUAGUGCAAACUAUUAUGCACCUAGAGGAGAGCAGAUUGCUCAUGAUGUGGAUGGUUCCACCCCAUCAUCUGCUUCAGAACAAAAAGAUACAUUUUUUACCAGGUGUGUGAACUUAAGAAAGUUAGAAUUAGCCCUUUAACCAUGCUUUUAGUACAUACACUAUACCAGGGCUGUCAUUAACUCUUGAGGCACUUGUUUCCUCAAUCUUCACACUCCUAAAUAGAAGCAAGUACUACAAGCUACGGCCU